AUGUAAUUAUCAUAUAUUCUUUGGUUGUUUUUUGGAAUCUUCAUAGCAUACAAUAUUAAGUUGUAUAUGGACUCUAAAGUCUAUUAUGAAAUGAGAAUUGAUAAAGAUUCAAUCUUUAUCAAUUUAUUUGGGAAAUCAAUCGGAAAUUAUGGAUUAGAAUUGGCUUGCAAAUAAUUCUAGGAUUAUGUUAAUGUAACGAAAUUUGACGCAAAUUUUUAAUUAAAUGGACUUACAAACAUUUAAUAGCUUUUAUUGACACUAAGUAGGUUCAAAAAAUUAAAAGAAUGUAAUUCUCCAUAAGUUUUAUUAUCUUAGUGAAUUUACAAUUAGGAAUUAAUCCAAUCUAAAAUACAACAGUACCAAAUAUUUAAGCACUUUUGAUAUAAUUAUAAAAUUUAGAAACUCUUAAUUUAGGGUUAGAUAACUUAUUUAAUCAUGAAGGAAGGUCUGAAAUUAUUAAGAGUAUUUCUGAAAUGAAAAAAGUUCAUAAGCUAUAAAUUUCAUUAAUAAACACUGAUUUAAGUGAUGAUAAAAUUAAUAUGCUAUUACCAUUAGCAUAAAUGAGAUAAUUAAAAUCAUUAGAAUUGAUAUUAAUGGGUUGUAGCUUAAGUUCAUCAUCUACAAAAUCUUUGUAAACAUUAUUAUACAAAUUACCAAAAUUAGACAAUUUAGUGUUAAAUCUAUAUGGUAAUAAAAUAUAAGUAGAUGGAAUUGAUGAUUUAAGUGCUGGUCUUUAUCAUUAAAAAUAAGUUAAAGAAUUAGAAAUAGAAUUAUAUUUCAAUAACAUUACAUCAAAUGGAACAGAAACUUUAAUGAGUGUUACAGGAUAGAUGACAAAUCUCACUAAAUUACAUAUUGGUUUAGAAUUUAACUACAUUGAAGAUUAAGGUGCUAAAUAUAUUGCCUAAGCUUUAGGAAAUCUAUAAAACCUUAAUGAUUUAUCUAUUAAUGCAGCAUCUAAAAAUUUUGGAUUCUUAGGGUAUGAAUCUAUUUUAUUAGCCAUUGAAAAAUUGUCUACUUUAUAAUCUUUAUAAUUAAUAAUUGGUGUAAAUAAAUGUGGUUCUAGAGGAGCUGAUUUAUUAAAAAAAGUGUUGUAUAAGCAUGAUAAAUUAAAAACUUUAAUUUUGGAUUAUACAGAAAACUAUAUUGGAGAUGCAGGUGCUUCUUUUGUUGGAGAAGGAUUAUUAUCUUAAAAAAAAUUAGAAUUUUUAAAACUUAAUUUAAAUUUUAAUUCCAUUUCUGAUAGAGGAGCUGUUGAUGUUGUUAAAUCAAUUCAUAAUCUAAAACAUUAACCAAAACAUAUAGAUUUAAGAUUAAGUUAAAAUAAAAUUACAGAUAAAGCAUCAAAAGAAAUUCUUCGUUAUAUAUCUAAUAUUACACAAUAAGGUGUUGAAUUAUUUGAAUUUGAAUUUUUAGGAACAGCUUUAACCAAUGCAACCAGAGAUGAUCUUGUUUAAACUUCUAAAAAUUUAAACAAUUUUAUAUUUAUUGUAGACACAAUCCCACCAAGCUAUUGGGAUGAAUAAUGAGUAUUUAUAGGCUAU